ACGGGUGAUUCACCUGCUGGGCGGUACGCGCGGGGCGGGGCAGGGUGAAGCGUCCGCCGGGGAGCUGUGGCGAGGGAGUGGUGUUGGUGUCGUUCCCAGCGCUCGCCAUGGAGCCCCCGCUGCUGGCUCUCGUGCUGCUCUGCUGCGCAGGUCUAACAAGAAGCUUAAGUAUAACUUCAGCUGACCAGUCAAUGUUCGAAAAAGCUCAAGGAGAGAAGGUUACGCUGCCAUGUACUUUUGUACUCUCAGAUGAGGAUGAAGGCCCACUAGAUAUCGAAUGGGUCUUGAUACCAGCAGAUAAUCAAAAGAAGGAACAAAUAAUAAUUAUGUAUGCUGUAGACAGGAUUUACAAUCAUUAUUAUGCUGCCAUGACUGGACGGAUGCAGUUUACUAAUCCUGAUCCCAGAUCUGGUGAUGGUUCAUUGGAUAUCCUGAAUUUAAAAUCAGCAGACACUGGCACAUACCAGUGUAAAGUGAAGAAGGCUCCUGGAGUUCAAAGCCAAAAACUACAAUUGACUGUACUUGUAAAGCCAGCAAGGACUAAAUGCUCCAUUGAAGGAUCGCAGGAGAUUGGAAAUGACAUUAUCUUGAAAUGUGCAUCACAAGAAGGAUCCCCACUUUUAUCUUAUGCCUGGAGAAGAGUAGCUGGCACACAAGAACUUCCUGCCACUUCUAUGCUGAAUAAGAAUACAGGGGAACUUCUCUUGAAAAAUGCCUCUCAAGACUAUUCUGGUACAUACACUUGUGUUGCCUCAAACAGAGUUGGCACGGAUGAAUGUUUUGUUGAGCUGAAUGUCACCCCUCCUAUAAAUACAGCUGGUAUAAUUGCUGGAGCUAUUGUAGGAACUCUGCUGGGUCUCUUUUUACUGGCUUUUCUCGUCUUCUGUUGCUGUAAGAAACGUAGAGAGAAGAAAUAUGAGAAAGAAGUACAUCAUGAUAUUAGAGAAGAUGUUCCACCUCCAAAGAGUCGCAGUUCAACAGCCCGCAGCUACAUAGGCAGCAAUCGUUCUUCUCUGGGUUCAAUGUCUCCCUCCAAUAUGGAAGGAUAUACCAAAACUCCGUAUAGCCAAGUCCCAAGUGAAGACUUUGAACGUACUACUGGUCAAAAUCCAAACUUUGCACCUUCAAAGGUAGCUGCACCUAAUUUAAGUAGAAUGGGAGCUGUCCCUGUGAUGAUUCCAGCACAAAGCAAAGAUGGGUCUAUAGUAUAAAAUGUUAUUAAUUUAAGUCCUGUUUUUAAAUGUUCAUUAUAAGUAUUAAAAAAACCCUACCUUGUUUCAUCCCUCAUUUAAACAAUGGCAUGCAAGUUUCCUUGAAGAAAAUGAACAAGUUAGUUUGAAAAGCCAAUAAUUUUUACUUUUAAUGUCAAACGUACUAGUAUGUAACGGUCAAACUAUUUACAAAAAGCGUUCAAGUUCCUAUAUGGAUAUGGGACACUGAAGAUAAUUGGACUCAGGUUGCUGAAGAGACAGGAUCAGCUAAUAUGCAGCUCUGAAUAUGAAACAAUGAGACACACUUGAGAAGUAAGAAAAGCGUUUCAUAUGUAGGUCAUGAAGUUCCUCAGAGUUCCCAAAACUUUUCUGUUAUUCCAAAAUUGAAGAUAAAGUUUUAACUUUGCCAUUUUCUGAUGAAGUCGCAGCUGGUUGAAAUACUUAGAAUGACUUGGAAUUCUGUUCAGUUUGAGUAUUUAUGCGGUUCUUUAACUUGAUAAUGUUUGGAGCACUUGAGCUCUUAUUUCUUUAUUUUUAUUUGACUGGUUCAGUUAACUUUAAUGAGUCUGUUUAAGUUUAAAAUUUCAGUGAGUAGAAGUGUGGCAGGAGACCUUGCACGCUCUUUGAAACCUCGAUUUUAGUGUAAUAGUAACUAGUUCUAGUCGUGUCAGAUAACACUAAUGUUAUCUGGUGUAAGAGGGUCCUAUCUGGUUGUUACUAACGGUAUCCAAGCUUUAAAGUCUGUAUUUUAUUGUCACAUUAAGAAUGAAUAUGUAUCUCAAUACAGGUAUUAAAAUGCAAGAUGCUAUUAACUUCUCUAAAGCCUGUUUGGAUUCUAAAGCAGUGCUGCUAUUUUUCCCAAACAAUUAUCUAGAAGCUCCAUGGGGGUCUUAAUGAAAGAUGCUAAGUAAACAGUAUUUGAUGUGUCCUGUUAUUCUAACAUCCCUUCAGAGAAUCUCUUCUCACAUUCAUAAAAGCAGUAUUUAGCCUUUCCUUAAGACACUAACACAUUCUUUAUUUGAACUUGCAAGGAGUUAGAAACUUGCCUCUCCUUGCCUCUUCAGAAGCCCUAAAUAUUAACGGACACUUUGACUUUACUAUUAGUUUCAUGUGACCAGAAUCUCAGAGAAAGUGGUUGUCCAGAAUUGUUGAUAUGAACUUCAUGUUUCAAGACUUCAUUCAAACAAACUCACACAAAAAUGCUCUUCCAGGUUUAAAAAACUUAGUGUUACAGGAGGAAUAGAAUGAUUCCUUACUUAGUUUCACACCUUACUUAAGGACUUCUGGUAUCUUUUGAUGACUGAUAUUAUAUACAAGUGGAAGUUGAAUUUAAAGUUUAGUGCAGGUUGAAUCUCUGUAGAUUUUUUUUUUUUCUUCCCUCCUCCUUUCUAUUUUCCGCUCACCACCUCAUCCUGUCCUGUGGAAAAAUAAAAAAAUAGAGCCCCUUCAACUUAUUUCAGCUAUAGAUGUUAAACUGCCAAGUAUUUUGGAAAACUCUAAAAGAAUAUAGUAUGUGGCACUGAUGUUGAUGAAGGAAAUGUCUGAAUAGCUUGUUGAAAGAUGUAAGGUUUCUUUGUAUGUACCAACAGUGAGAGGAAAAAAUUACCCUGAGCUUCUAGGUUCAAUGUCUGCUUUCUUGUAGCUGCUUAGAUCUGUGACAAAAUCUUUGGCAUAUUACUAAAUGUUUGUUCUAGCUUUAGUUAGGUGCACAAUUUUUGGCUGGCCCUACUGAUGUAGGGAACAUAACUUUUAUACUGAAUUUGGAGACUUGAAUGCCUACUAAGUAUUCUAGACUUACAAUUUUUCACAUUUGGGACUUUUUUAGAUUGUAAACUGAUACAGUUAGAGUUCAGAUAUUUUUAUCUUUCAUGUGUGCCUUUUCAAUAAACUUUGCCUGAUUGUAACUCCAGUUCUUAUGAAAUUUCUGGUGCCUAAAUUUACUGUCUGGACAGGUGCUUAGAUGAUGGUGCAGGUUUUUAAAACAUGACACUGUGAUCUGAUUUCUUUAUUCUUAUGUACUGUUUAUACCUCUUCAUGCCAAUUUUUGGAUGUGACUUCAGUGGCUCACUGUACCGUUCUGUACUUCAAAAUGUCAGUUACUCCUUCAAUUUCUAAAUAUGAUCUAAGUGUUUGUAUUCCUGAAAACUGUUCACUUGUUGUACCAGUGAGAUGGAUGACUGACUCUUACUUGUGUGGUAAAUAGUAGCACUUAGUAACCAUGCCAAACAUGCUUAUGAAGAAGAACAGUAGAUGAGGAGACAUCUUCUUGCAUCCAAUUAUGAUAGAAGAGAUUUCUGAGAUUUAAUAUAUACUGAUUGAUUGUUUACCUGAAACUAAGACCUUCCUUAAUUGAAAGGGUGCAAUUAUUUGGAUCGUAAAUACAGGCUAUAUACAAAACUAGAACUGAAUCACAGACUAAGAGAUAGCUAUAGACCUAAGCAGCCAGGUAACAGAGCUACUGAGGUUGAUUUUUAUCCAUCUGUGGGCACAUGUGAAAUGAGCUUUUUGGUUUGGCCUGAGACCCUGUGCUUUCAGUCAGGUAAGCACUAAGAUGCUCAAGAACAGAAAUUUAUCACACGAAAGCAGGCAGAGCAGAGUUUACACAUUUAGUGCUCUGUCAGCUUGCACAAAAUAAUAAAUGGACAGAGUGGAAGGACAGCAUGAUGUGCCCUCAGAGCCUAGCUGUUAGGCUUAGUAGCCUUGACAGUGUCUGUCUAUUUAUGCAAUUGCAUGGAAAAUAUGGAAACAGGAACUGGCAUAGUCCUUAUCUGAAAUAAAGAACCUCUGACUUGGGAUAAACUUUGCCUCAAGUUCCAAACAUCAUGCCUUUUUGAAUGCAUAAAACUGCUAUGAAAACCAUAAUACUGCUAUUGGAAGCAAUUUCUUUAAUGAGUAGAAUGCUAACUUACACUAGAUUAUGAUUCUUAAAGCAGAUAUUGUAGCUUAACAAUGAUUUCUAGCUAUGUAGCAGAUAAAAUGGGUAAACACUUGAAGUGUCAGAUCUUAGAUAACCCUGCUUACAGAACUCUUCUAGAAAGUAAUGGCAGCUGAUAUACCAGUUAGAAGGUGGCAUUUUAAAUGUCUUAUUUUAUAAAAUAAAUAAAGGAGGGAAGUGAUACUACUAUGUAAAUAUUCUAAAUGAACUGAAGAAACCACUAGUUAAUGUUAUGACUGUAAACUUACCUGUUGAGGACUCCUGUGUUUAGAAGAAAACCCUUUAAUUUUAGCAUGGUGUGAAUAAAGUGUUAGACUUGUAGUAUUGUAGAGGUGACGUAACAUUUGUUCAUAUAUUACAAGCCUCUUCAUAAACUUUCUGAAAUGGAUAUUUAAAGGUAUUGGUGUGAAUCCUCCUUACCUAAAAAUGAGUACUACUUUUUAAAGUAUGUAGUGCACAGAAAUGCCUUGUUAGAGGGGGGUAAAAAAUGUUUUUUGAAAAAAUGUACAAUGCCUACAUCUUUAUCCACUGUGUGAUAGUUACCUUCAUAUUAGGUGUAUGCUUCCUGCGUAAUAGUACAAAUGGGACUUUUUAAUAUAAUUGCAAGUUUUUCUGUAAUAAAACUGUAUAUUACUGAUUUCCAUAAUAGGCUUUUUUUCUUAACCAUGUGUCUUCUGGAUCACUUAGAUCUCUGUUCCAGUCCGAAGUCAUCAUAAAACUAUAACUUUAAACCUUGUUUUACAUACUUCAUAGGUGCUUUAAUGGGACCCCUUGGGCUUUGGUCCUCUAGCGCUGAGGCACAGCUCAACUGAAAUUGGAGCAAUAAUAUUUCCUGGAAUCAAAAAUGUUAUAAUAUUAUGUCAUACUUCUCAUGUACAAAGCAUGGACUUAAAUAUUGGUAUGAAAUUCAGUAUAAGGUUUUAUAUUCACAUUUUGGGGGGGGGGGGGAAGUAUUUUAAAAUACAAGUAUUGCAAUUUAUAGGAGUGGAUUCGGAAGAAACCCCCCCCAAAUUUUAAGAUGAUGUAGCUCUGUGACAGACCUGUGUACUUUGUGAAAGGAAACUGUUAGAGAAAGCAGCAGUCUGUCUUUAUUCUAAAGCAGCAUUUAUGUAUGGCUUCAGUUUUCUCUUUCUGUAAUUGGAAGUUUAUUAAUAAAUAUAGCUGUGUAUACCA